UGAAUGUCCUUUUCCUUUUUAUGGUAUUUGGAGUUCAUUGAGCUUGCUAGGGUAGUCUUUGAUGCUUUUAAUGUUCAUUUUUGUUUCCUUUUUCCUAUUCACUGAUGCUUACUUGGUUUUAGUACUAGCUUUCUGCUUUCCGUAUCUUUAUUUGUUUGGUUUGCCAGACCGUGCUUCUUUUAUGUACAUCUGAAUUUUGUGAUCUAGUGAGCUCUACCUUCAUUAAUUUGACCUAUAUGAAUUUAUGAAGCUUGUAUUUUUACUCUUUACUUUUUCCAUGUCCAUUAACAAGAAUGCACCAUAAAUAAGAAAACAAACAAAAAAGUGGCAUUAGAUUGUUGGAGUGAUGAAAUAAGAAACUUAAUUAUUAGGUUGUGAACAACUUGCCACUUAUUAUGAAUUCAGAGUAAACUCUUUUCAGCAUAUUUAGCAUCAGAACGCUCCUCACCCUUGUUUAGGGUAUUCAGGAAUGUGCUUACGAAAAUUUACAUACAGGAUGUUGUCUUUCCUCAUUCUGCUUCCUUGGUUGGGUUGAGAUACCAAUUUAAGAAGCUUUAAGAAUGCAAGGGAAUGUGGGCUAAUGAAAGUCUGAAUGGAAGUAGAAUUAUUUGUGAAGUCUAUACUAUAGUAGUUAGCUGGAGGAGGAUGUCAAGCUUCAUGAGUUUAUAUUGUAUUAGGAGUUAGAUUGAUUGCAAAAACAGUGAAGGUUUUAUACGGAAAUGUUUGUGUGGUUUUUCACUUGGGUGGCUAUUUUGUGGACAAUGAGUGAUUAUUCACCUUGGUUGGGUGAGCUUUUUGUACUUGGUUCAUCUUGCUCCAUACUGGAAAUACAUCUGUCUCUUCUUUCCUUGGUAGUAAUUUUCUUCUCACAAAAAUUUAGCUGCCGAAUAGUUUUGGCUGGAUUAUCUAUGCCUGGGAACGAAGUUGGAGACAGGAUCCAUAAUUUCCUUGGCCAAGAGAGUUUCUCCCAGGGUCAGCAUCAAUCACAGGUUAUUGAUGGUACCUGGCCUGGCUUAAGUAACAAUCUCUGGGUUGGAAGCCAGAGACAAGUUGGCGGGCCUCUUGUUUCCAGUUUGAAGAAUUUAAGUGUUCAUCAAUUAGAGUCUGACAGAGGACAUGGUGGUCAGUCUUCAAGCCUGCAGCAUGGGGUUUACUUCAGUCAAUCAGGUCUGAGGCCUGACUUUGCCAGAAGUCAAUUGCAAAACCAAUCACCAACUGCAAAUGGCUAUAUACAAGGGCAUCGGGCUUUCUCAGCAAGGCAGAAUGAAACAAACUUUUUAGGAGCAUCAUCUAGAGGCUUGUCAGUUCUUGAUUCACCAACUGAAAAUGGCCCUGAUUUUCAUAAAAAAAAUUUAUCAAGGUUAGAACCUACUGAAUCUCCCAAAAAUUAUGAUUUUUUUGGAGGGCAACAACAAAUUAGCGGAAAGCAUCCUGGCAUGAUCCAAUCUUUGCCAAGGCAGCAAUCAGGUAUGACUGACAUGCAGCUGUUACAGCAACACGCUAUAAUGCAAGAAUUACUGAGACAACAACUUCCAAAGCCACAGUUUCACCUACCAGAAGCAAGGCAGUUGAGCUCUACGAAUCAGGUAUCAGACAGCCUUUCUCCAGCUCCAAUCAAUGGUGUUCCUGUCCGUGAUGUUUCAAAUCAUACCUGGCAGUCUGAGCACAUGACACCAAAUGCAAAUUGGCUACAGCAUGGUGCCUCUCCAGCCGUGCAGGGAUCCUCUGGUGGAUUUAUGUUUUCCCCUGAACAAGGGCAGAAGCAUUUGAUGGGAUUGGUUCCUCAACAGGUUGAUCAGUCAUUUUAUGGGAUUUCUACCACUGGUGCAAGAGGAAAUCCAUAUCAAUAUUCUUCUGCUCAAAUGGAUAAACCUUUAAUACAGCAGGUGCCAGCUAGCAGUAAUUCCUUUCCGGGUAAUCAGUCUGCUAUGUAUUCAGAUCAAGUUGGCUUGCAAGAUGGAACUUUGAUUUCUAGACAGCAUGAUCAGGGUAAAAAUGUAUUUGGGGCUGUGGCUGUGCAAGGUUUAAAUAGCGUUCAUUCACAGAACUUGCAGCAAAUGGUUAUCCAGCCAAAAAAUGCUGUGAUGCAACAGUCUCCUCGGAGGCAAGAACAUUGCAGUCCUCCAGAAGCAUCCCUGGAGAAGUCAGCAGUUCAGGUUUCCUCCUCCCAGAAUGUGGCUAUGCUGGAUCCAACUGAAGAAAAGAUUUUGUUUGGUUCAGAUGACAGUAUGUGGGAUAUCUUUGGAAAGAGCACCAACUCGGGUUCAGUAUUGGAUGCUACAGACUCUUUAGGGGGAUUUCCUUCUCUGCAAAGUGGAAGUUGGAGUGCUCUUAUGCAGUCUGCUGUAGCAGAAACACCGAGUAAUAAAAUAGGGGUACAGGAAGAGUGGAGUGGUUUGGGUAUGCAGAAUUGUGAACCUCCAAAUGGGAACAUGCCUGCAUCAACUGUCAAUGACGUCAGCAAACAGCUAUCCCCUUUGACUGAUUACAACUUGCAAAAGGCCCUGACUUUGAACUCUAAGCCGUUUCCCAUGUCUAUGGAUGCCAAUAUCAAUUUUGACUUUUGUAGUGUUCCUGGGGUUCAACAAUCAGGAGUUCAGACUGCAAAUGAACAGAUGAGGAUGCAUAAUGAUACCCCUCAGAGGUCUGUUCAACAGCUAACAGACGGACGAAGCAAAUGGUUAUAUCAGAGUCCUCUACAAAAGAAUGCAGCUGAAAGUGCUCAACUCUUGGAAAAUGUUGCUCAGAGUCCUGAUGUGCAAGUAAGUGCAAGGAAUGCAGCUGAAAGUGCUCAACUCUUGGAAAAUGUUGCUCAGAGUCCUGAUGUGCAAGUAAGUGCAAGGAGCAUUUCAAGUCCCCAAGGCAUAGCUGCAUAUGAUCCUCGUGGUCAAAUCCACAAUAAGCCAAACAGUUGGAACUUUGUUGAGUCUGCAUCACGUAGUGGUGGUGCCAUAUCAAAAAGUCAGGAUGCUGAAAGCUCGUUGCAAUCGUCUCAGAAUAAUGAUCACGUAGGUUCUAUGUAUGAGAGAGGUCAUGGUUCUGCUCUUGAUCAUCCUGAAUCACGGAAUGUGAAUUCCAGCUUGGGAAGCCCAGAGGUGAAUAGGGAAGGCUUUGAUCAGGAUAAUGUUGCUGCAAUAACAGAUUCAAGAACCACAAGGGUCACCAAGGAGAGCAGCCAGCAGCUUCCAAACAGCCAUAAUCUUACUCUCUGGAGAAGCAUUGAUUCUAAAGUAAAUUCUGGAUUAAGCAGGAUGCCAGCAAAUUUUAAGGAAAAUCUGGAUAAGAGUCCUCAAGCUUUUGAUUCCUCUGGAAAUAAUUACUUGGACAAGGGACUGUCUGAAGCAAAUAUGGAGAACCUCAAUGUCAAAGAAAAUUCAAAUGACAGUUUUCGCCGUAACUUAUCCCACCAUACUUCCACUGGUGGCAAUAGAGAAAAUGUCUGGUUGGAUGCAAAUGAUCCACAGGGAGCAAAACAGAAGUCAUCUGUUCAAGUUAGUCAUAAACCUUAUGGAACCCGUAACUUUCAGUAUCAUCCUAUGGGGGAUCUGAAUGCGGAGGUUGAACGUUCUUAUGGAACUAAAAGUGUCACACAAAUGCAGGGAAUACCCAAUGUUUCCCAAGGAUCUAAAGUUCAUGACCAAGGAUAUUUUGGGCAGUCAAAAUAUACUUGUCAUGCUGCUGGAGAGUCUACAGACACUGAAAAGGGUUGUUUUCAGGGCAUUCAAGUAGACGAGGUACCUUCCAGAAGCUCAAAUCCUGGUUCUUCAUGUGAGAGAUCUUUUGGUGGUUUUAUGCCAAACAAGACAGCUUCAAAUAGUAAAAAUAUGUUGGAGCUUCUUCAAAAAGUUGAUCAGCCAAGGGAACAUGGUACUGCAACACACUUGAGCUCUUCUGAACGCAAUCAAUCAUCUGAAAUGCCAGAUGCAGAGACUUCUGAUGGAUCUGUAGGCCAAUUUGAGUAUAAUAAGCCUUCUGCAUCUCAGGGUUUUGGUUUAAAACUGGGUCCUCCAUCUCAAAGGUUUACUAUUCCAGAUCGUGUAAUUUCAUCUCAGAGUUCUCUGCUAGGAGUUAAUUCUUUAAAUUCAGUUCAUGUUUCUUCUGAGGUAGGAAGGAAGGAUCGUACAUGGUUGGGUUCAACAGCUUCUGGUCAGUCCUCGACUCAUGGAGCAUCCCAUGAAGAUAUUACGAAUAAUGUUUCAAGUGUUUCUGGUCUAACCGGCAAUAAAUGUUCUCAGUAUAAUAUCCAGGGCAAUGUUUCUGCGGGUUUUACCUCUGAUUAUUCUUAUUUAAAAAGUCAUCUUCAAAGCCAGCAUUUUAUUGGUGCGGGUAGACAGAUGACACCAAAUGAAUCUGUCAAUGCACCUUUUGUUGGGUUGGCAUCUGAGUCAAAGCAGAUUGAUGACUCUUCUGAGAGAGCUCGAACUAGUCAAUUGGGUGGCAAAUCAGCACCUCGCAAACGUAAAACUGCUCCAGAUGACGACUUUUCUUCUUCAGAGACUUCUUUUCCUAUUAGUAGCACUGGAAAACAAAACCUUGCACAGGAUUCAGGUCAGCAGUUUCCGGUGUUGGAGGCUAUGCCAGCUUCACAACCCUCUGCCACUGCUGAAUCUUCUCAGCAUGGUGCUUAUACGCAAAUGCCCAAUGUUUGGACCAGUGUCUCAGCCCCAGAACAUUUAUUAGGAACUCGGUUCUCUCAGGCGUCACAAAAUUUGUUGAAUCCUCAUCAACAGUCAAAUAUUAACUCAGAAAAAACUCUUCCUGGAUCAGAGAAGCUAGAUGAUCAAAUUGCGCAGGCAGGAAAUAGUGGCCAAUCUGAGUUCCCUGCAGGCUUUGCUAAACCAAAAAGCUUUGUUGGAGAAGAGCAACCAGAAAAAGCUCAACUGGGACUAUCGGAGAAUAAUGCCAUCCAAAAUCCUUUAAGAAUGCAAAGAGACAUUGAAGCUUUUGGCCGUUCUUUAAGACCAGAUAGUGCUGUCUGUCAGAAUGAUUCAUUGUUGCAUCAGGUACAGGCGUUGAGAAAUACAGAGGUUGAUCCAAGGAGUGUUAAAAAAUUUAAAGGUCCACCUCCAGACUCUGGUUUGGAUGCUCAGCAGGAAAGUUCCCAGGGUGCAGAGCAGUUAUCUUAUGGAUCCAGUACUACGAUGAGAGAUGCCCUGGUUAACCGUACUUCAGUUCCUUCUGGAGAUUCUAAAAUGCUGAGCUCUUUAUCAAACACUGGAGAUAACCAUGAGACACAGUUAUCUGCUGAUAAUAUGUUGGCAUUUGUUCGGAAUGAUCCCCAACAUUUCUUCAAUUCUAAUAAUUCAGCUCCUAAUAUUAGGGUUGAACACUCUCAGAUCAGUCCUGAGAUGGCUCCAUCCUGGUUUAAUCAGUGUGGGGCAAUUAAAAAUGGGAAAAUGUUGCCCAUAUAUGAUGCUCGGAAAAUUGCCAUGAUGAAUGCUACAGAAAAAGCAUCCAUUGUUGGCUGGGCUUCUGACAGGUUGCCUGUUCAUUCAAGUAAGCAGAUUAAUACCGUUGCUGAUGCUAGUCUGAUGGAUAAAGCCCGGGAAAGCUCAAACUUUAUGCCAAUAGCAAGUGAGUACAUCUCCCCUCACUCACUGCCACCUGAUAUUGCAAAUCAGAAUUUGGUUGUGAGAGCAAAGAAGCGCAAAAGUAUGAUGUUUGAGUUUCUACCAUGGCAUAGAGAGGUGACUCAAGGUUCUCAAGGGCCUCAGAACAUCAGUGUGGCAGAAAUGGAAUGGGCUCAUGCAGCAAAUUGGUUGAUUGAGAAGGUUGAGGAUGAAUCUGAAAUGAUUGAAGAUUGGCUGCCAGUUUUUAGAUCCAAAAGAAGGCUUGUUUUGACAACACAGCUUAUGCAGCAACUACUUCGUGCUCCUCCAAGAGUAGUUCUUUCUGCAGAUGCCAGCAAAAACUAUGAGACUCUGACCUAUUUUGUUUCUAGAUCAGUUUUAGGGGAUGCAUGCAGCACGGCAUAUAUACCUGAAAGUAAUACAGCUGUUCCUCCUGGAAGUGGAAGCAUCCUCUCUAAAAAGCUUAGGGAGGACAGAAAUCAACUCAUCUUAAAGGCUGCAGAAGAGUUUAUCAUCAGGGCAAAGAAGCUGGAAAACGAUUUACAGAGUCUGGACAAGAGAGCCUCAAUCUUGGACUUGGGACUGGAAUGUCAGGAUCUAGAGAAGGUUUCAGUCAUCAAUCGUUUUGCAAAGUUCCAUAGCCGGGUGCAAGCUGACGGGGCUGAGACCUCAUUGUCCUCAAAUUUGAGUCCUCGCAAAUUCUCCCAAAGAUACGUUAUCGGAAUACCAAUGCCUAGGAAUCUACCUGAUAGGGUACAAUGUCUUUCACUUUGAUCAUUAAUUGAUUGAUAUUUUUUUGUUGUUUUUUGUUGGGGAAGGGGGGUUGGAGGAGAAUGAACGGCCAUUGUUAUCCGUCAUUCUUCUCUUACUAUGCUCCAAGUUCUUUUGCUCAUAAUUGAAGCACACAAACAAAUAUGUAGGAUAAGAAGCACGUAGAUCUUCACACAUUGUAGGCCAUUGAUUCUUCAUGCUGAUCAGGUUUAAGCAUUUUGAAAUUUCUUGGUUGUAUGCAUGUAUGUAUGUAUGAUGUAUGCAUGCGUGUAUGUAUGUAUGUAAUGUAUGUAUCGAAAGAAUUGGAAUAAAAAAUCAAUCUUCAUUGGAA